CUCUUCGUCAAGAAGCUCAGCGACGCCGCGUCGCUGCCGAAGCGCGGCUCGGAGCUCGCCGCGGGCUGGGAUCUGGCCGCGAGCCAGCCCGUCGUCGUGCCCGCGCGCGGCAAGGCCAUCGUGCCGACGGACCUGGCCAUGGCGACGCCCGGCGACUGCUACGCGCGCAUCGCGCCGCGGUCCGGCCUCGCGGUCAAGAAGUUCGUCGACGUCGGCGCGGGCGUCGUCGACGCCGACUACCGCGGCGCCGUCGGCGUCGUGCUCUUCAACCACGGCGACGCGGACUUCGAGGUGAGCCCCGGCGACCGCGUCGCCCAGCUCAUCCUCGAGAAGGUCCACCUCGACGCCGAGGUCGAGGAGGUCGCGGAGCUGCCGGCGACGACCCGCGGCGCCGGCGGCUUCGGGUCCACGGGCGUC